CUUCCGAAAUGGAUCAUUAUCCCUCUCAUUCCUCAUCUCUGUGAUAUCGAGAGAUUGAAACAGCGUGGUGAAUGCUGGCAAUGGAGCUCAGAACGCCGUUCUAUAUUGGCUCCCGAUCCCACUGAAAUCCACAUCAAACUGUUAAGGUUCAAGAUUGAUCCUUUGUCCAGUGUUUUGGAGCUUCAAGAGCCUCAGGUAAUCCAUGAUAGCAACACAGAGUUUUAUCGUAUCGAUGAUCGUGUUGGGACACAAACCUCCGUCACUGCUUAUCCUACUCUUGGAACCACAUUUUCAGAAAUUGCACCACAACUAGGCGGUGACCAUCCUCUGUAA